GGCUCUGGUUUGGGAGUUCUGCUGUUCUCAAUGUUUGCCUGUGGUUGAGGUCUCGCUCACCGCUGCACCCCCUCUCAUAGCUUUGAAAACCGCUUUCACUCCAGUCUCUGGAGAGACGUGGCUCUGAUAGUAUGGGAACGACUGGAGCUCUCCCCACCCCCAACGCGUCACCAUCUGUCAAAGGGAAGCAAAAGGAGCACAAAGAGUUGGGCGCGAGCUACGCUGUCAGCUUUGCUCAGUCACACUCCAGAACCACGCAAGGAGGGAGCGAGUUGGAAGUCCAGUCAUAAUGGAAAUGUGAAAACGUUUAUGACAAUGUUAUUACGAAGUCGUUUUCUAUUUCUGCUGGCAGUUGCUGCCUUGCUGGCUGUCCUGAGCCUCAGCCUGCAGUUCUCAUCCUCAACACGCAGAGGAGUCAGCAUGAGACCAGCUGGAGAUAGGAGAGCUAGAGAAAGGCGAGUGGGAAACCCGCGCUGGAGAGUCCAGGAGAAACCAGGGCGCAGAAAUGGUCCAAGAGCAGUGCAUCUGAUUCCUGUGACGCAAUCAAAAGAGCAUAGAAUGGUGGCUAAAAACCGAAAGCGAAUUUUGGUAGAUAUGUACACUGCGCCUCCCCGCCUGGAUCCCAUUUAUGAAGCUUACCUGUACUGUAACAUGCCGAAUAAGACUGACCGAGGUCUGGAAGGCCAUGCACCUCCAGACUACAAAUUGAUGUCAGUUCAUGUGAUGAUUCGCCAUGGUGACAGAUAUCCUCUCUAUGCUAUUCCAAAAACGAAAGCACCUGCCAUUGACUGUACAUUGAUCCCUGGCAGGGAACCUUCUCACAGGUUGUUGGCAAACUUUAUAAAGAAUAGGAACGAAGCUCCUAAAGGUCAACUGGACAGCCCCUUGAACAAUAUUGCACUUCUUCCCAGCCACACAGUUUGUGAGAUGGGGGAACUAACACAAACAGGUGUUGUCCAGCAUCUCUUGAAUGGAGACCACCUUCAUGACACAUACAUUAAGAAACACAGGCUGCUUCCUGACAACUGGACAACGAAGCAACUCUAUGUGGAAUCUACGGGAAAGAGCCGGACACUGGAAAGUGGGCUGGCUCUACUGUACAGCCUAUUGCCGAAAUUUGACUGGGGAAAAAUACGCAUCCGGCACCAGUGGAGCACUAUUUUCUGCUCCAACAGCUGUGACUGCCCCAUGCGUAACCACUACCUGGAGGAAGAGCAGCGACGGCAGUACAACUUGCGUGUCAAGAAUAGCCUGUUGGAACGGACAUACAUCGAUAUGGCCAAGAUUGUGGGGGUUCCUACAAGGCAGUUAAGAGCAGCUAACCCCAUUGAUUCUCUGCUGUGCCAUCUUUGCCACAAUGUCUCAUUUCCAUGCACAGAACAUGGCUGCAUUAACUUGGACCACUUCAGAGCCAUCAAGGCGCACCAGCUGGAGGAUGAGCGAGACAGGCAGAGAAAGAGACUAUAUUAUAAAUACGCACUGCUUGCAACCUAUCCAAUUUUAAACCAGACUGUCACUCGCAUGCAACGGAUUGCCCAAGGAAGAAAGGAUGAGAUAUUUGCUCUCUAUUCUGCCCAUGAUGUCACAGUGGCCCCCUUGCUCAGUGCUCUGGGCAUUACCAAUGCCAAUUUCCCUCGAUUUGCUGCCCGAUUAAUCUUUGAAAUCUGGCAAAAUGGAAAGGACAGAAAGAAGAAUUUUGUACGCAUUCUUUAUAAUGGUGAUGAUGUCACAUCCCAAACCUCAUUCUGCUCCGGACACAAAGCACAUUCCAAACAACUGCUCUGUCCUUUUGAAAAUUUUCUAAAUUUUGUAAGGAAGGAUGUGUUUAAAGUUUUUAACAGCACAAAUUAUUAUGAUGCAUGCCAUAGAAGGGUGUUUUGAAUAUUUCAGCUCAUGAUGAUUCCAUGUAAUGUUAUGUGUUGUGUCUUUUAAUUAUUACAGGUUUGAACUUGUGACACCUUUUUGAUUAGAAUAUUCAUUUUCGAUAGAGUUAUUUUAUUUCUAGUGACAAUAAAAGAUCAUGUGGAUUGGUCUGCCACAAUUAGCAUAAUGCUGCAUUUCAGCAACUUACAGUAAUUGUUAAUCUAGGUUCUCCCUUGUUUCACAAUGUCAGAUUAUUUAUGAGUUAAAAUGAACAUGGUAGCCUAUCCAUUACCUAGCAUAGAACAGUACAGCACAAUUCAAGCCUUUUUGCCCUUAAAGUUGUGCCAACCUUUUUACCUGCUCUGAAAUCAAUUUAACACUUCUGUCCCACAUUGUCCUCUAUUUUUCUAUCAUCCAUGUGCUCUGUAUGAACCUCUUAAAUGUCCCUAAUGUAUCUGCCUCUACUACCACCCCUGGCAGCACAUUCCACAUACACACCACUCUCUGUGUGUAAAACAAAACACUUGCCUCUAUACUUUCCUCCAAUGACCAUAAAAUUAAACAGCUUCACAAUAGCCAUUUUCAUCCUGGAACAAAGUCUCUGGAUAUCCACUCAGUCUAUUCCUCUUAUCAUCAUGUACACCUCUAUUAAGUCUAUAAGCAUAGUAGCACAUCUUUAUGCAGGUAUCUUGCAGGUGAAUUUUAACUAAAAGCAAAACAUUUGGUAAACAUAUAGUUCAUAUCUUUAUUUCCAGUUUGUAUCCUUUUUGGUUAUGAAGUGGAUGCACACAGACACUGCUGGGAAAGCGAAGUCUCAUUAAUCAAACAACAUACAACACACAAAUGAUAACCUCUUAAUAGUGUGUAUCAGGGAUCAAAAUCAGACCUCAUGCAUUGAAACUGGUCUCAGAGGCCUGAAGCCUUCAUUGUAAAUGGUUAAAGGGUUCAGACCUUCUAGGAUUGUUGCUGAGGAGUCUGUAGUGUCUGUCUAAUUCAAGCUGUUUCCUUUCUUCUUCUCAUCCAUAGUCGUUGCUCCAACUAACAAUUUCCUCAAAUUACCUUGGAUCUCUUCCCAAACUUAUCUUUAGCAUCCCAAUCAUCUCCUUGGCCUCUCCAAUUUACUCUCACAUCACUUAAUCUCCAAGUUCCAUCAUCACUGUUUGCCUUUGUAGCACUCCCAUGUGUUAAUUACUGCCCAACUGAUCAGCAAUGUUAUAGAAGAUAUUGUCAAAUGGCACUUACUCAUCAUUAUUCUGCUCAAUCAAUCUGGACAUCAAUAAGGCCAGUCGGCUUGGGAUCUCAUCACAGCCUUGGUCCAAACACUGUCCUGACAUCAAAAGAAAUUGCUCUCACUUCACCUCAAGUGUGGCACGAAUAAACUCUUGUAAAACUUUAAGUGAAUGAGUUGCAGUGGGAAAACACUUCUAUGGUAAACUCAUAAAGAUGCUUGGUGUUUGGGGAUGGGUAUCUCCUGAGAUUGAUGCCAAGUACCGAGGCCUGAAGAUGAAUUAGAAGUCCAGAUGUAGGUUGCAACCAAAUCUGAGAAUCUCUGCAAGUCUGCUGGGGAGGUCGAAGCCCAGUGUUUGUCAGCCCAAGUUUGCGUCCAUUCGAGGACUGUUCUGGGAUUACAGGAUUGUGAAUGUGCGUGGUUGGGAGGGAGGAACUGUGCUAAUUUUUUCUGUUGUUGUUUGUUGCUUAUUGUGUUCUGUGAUGUUCUGUCAAGCAUUGUGAGCAUGUUAUAUUGGCGCCAGAAUGUGUGGCAACACUUGUGGGCUGCCUCCAACAUGCCCUUGGUUGUGUUGGUUGUUAACACAAAUAAUACAUUUCACUGCAUGUGUCGAUGUGCAUGUGACAAAUAAACUUGAAUCUUGAACCUUAACAUAUACAAAGGAAGGUGGAUAUAGUUACCUGGUGUCAGGACAAAACCUCUUAGUUCAGUGUCCAAGGCUUACCACCCUUAAGUGCUUGAAAAAAAUCUCCUUCCCUGAUGAGGUCAGAAGUAGCACUGUGCAAACAAUAUUGAAUAUUAUAUGUAAGCUCCCAGUAAAUGAAGCAGUCCAAGACUGAGACAAUAUUCAGUCAUAGUUUGAUAAGCAAGUUGCACUGCAGUUACAGACAUCGCUUGCCUGAAUGUAUGUACCUCCACUAACAGGCACUCCGUCCAUUUUGAAAUGUUCAUCCUCUCCACCAACACCUCACAAUGGUUGCAACAAAAUACACUGUAGUCAUUCGGCCAGGUAGCAAGCACAGCAUUUUCAAAAAUUCAUAGCCUGCAUUACCAAAAAGGAAGAAGGCAAAAGAUGUAUUGGAGUACCAUCACCUGCAGAUUUAAAAAAAAAAUUCAGACAGCAUCCUGGCUUGCAAGCAUACUGGCAUUCAUUCAUCAAUAUUGAUUUUACUAAAUUGUGAAAUUCCAUAUUCAACAUUUCAGAAGUACUUUCAACAAAUAACUGCAGCUUUACAAGGAGGUGGGCCACUUCCAAUCAAGGAGAACUGGGGACUGAAAAUAAAUAUUGGCAAUAACAAUUCUGAAAAAUGGAUAAAUUAUAUAAGACACUAGAAGCAUCACUUCUGCUUCCCACAAUCUUCUCUUGCGCUCACUUCUCCAACGAUCCCCUCCCAUAAUCAAAAUCAUGGUUGGGUGUGGAAGGGAGGAGAGAAAUUACAUGUUCCAAACACCCUUGCCUUCCAAGAUCUGCUCUCCACACUUACAGUCCUCUCUCCUACUUCCUUGCAGUGUUACUCGCCAGUCAUUUCUCCCAAUCAGCUUUCAAACUGUUGCCCAAUAUACUUUCACUGUGAUCUCCAGAUGUCUUCAUCUCAUGUUGAAGAAUGGCUGGCCCAUUAAAUUUAAAUCAGUGAAACACUGAUAGAUCAAAAUAAUUCCUUUAAAAUGUUAAAUGGUACAGCCUGUCUUCUUCUGUUUUAUUUUCCAGAUUAUUUUGCUAUUUUAGAAUUUCUGAAUCAUUUUCCUUUCAAGUAACCCUUUUGCUGGCCAUGCAGAGUUUGCUUUCAGUUUGUAAUGGCUCUCAAAUAAAGAUAAUUUGGCCGCCUUUCUUCUUCUUUUAAGGCCAACUAUUUUAUAAUUGAUAGGUUAUUAAGAACUCUCUAUGCUUUGAAGGCAUUUUGCAUUUUACACUUCUUAAUCCUACUUGUGGAGAGUUAUUUUUCUUUGGUGUGGAUGCAACUGCAGUGAUAAGUAUUAUCUAACCAAGUUUCAACAGUAGAUCUAUUCAUCCAUGUGAAAGCUUUUUGAGUUUCAUUUACCAUAUUCCCCUGCGAAAUUGUGGAUACAUCUUUCCAAGUAGCCAUUGAUCAAAAGUGGGGUUAAUAUUUGAGGUUGACCUAGUGUGAUGGACAUUCGCAGUCCAGGGCCCAGGGGGUCUUUUGCCAAGCUCAUUUUUUUUUUUUUAUCACAGCAGCUGACACUUGCAUGGAGAAGUUAUUUUUGAGUAAGUUAAAUUACAAACCAAUAUUCCUUGCUCAGUUUCUUGUCAUAAAAAAAGACUCAGUCUUCAGUUCUUAAUGUAAAUUGCAAGCAAUAGUCUGAAGUUAAAAGGACAGCUUUGCAAAUGAACAACACUGUCUAUAGAGCACAGACUGCUGGUCUACAGCAUGGGACAGGCUGCUCAAGAGAUGCAGUAUAAGACAAUGGGGUUAUGUUAAUUGGCCUGCAUCAAACCAGACAACACUUGAUGUUAAUCAGUUCAAGGAAACUUGCAGACCGAUACUAUCACUUAGCACAUCAAAUACUGAUCUAUCAAUAGUUGGGAGUUAUGUGUACUCAGCAAGUCAGCCCUCACAGCAUUAAUUUUGGGUGUCUGAUAUCUCUGUUUGCAGAAGUGUUUAGACCAUCUGUGUAAAUUCACCCAAGUAGUCCAAAAAAAAAACAGUAUGAUUGUUAGAGAGCUGUCAGGGUUGUUAGGAAUGGUCAAGGAAUGACAAGAUUAGUGAUAGAAAGAUGGGGUGGAUAGAAUUCAUUCAAUUUAAAUGAUGGAUGUCUUGUUUGUCUCUAAUUCAUUGGUAUGUAUUUUUAAUUUAUAGGAAUUGUACCUGUGUUUUGUAAACUCGUGUUUUAAAAAUCAUUUGUAAUUCAAAAAUCUUUUAUAAGAUAGAACUCCUCCGAUUUUUAAAUGUUUUUCAAGAAUUUUAUCUAAAUUUAAAUAUGUAUCACUAAAAAUAAAUUA